AGUAGUGAUUCUGAAACGUUCAUAUACUCAUCUUUCGAAUUUUCCCGGUUACCGCGACGUGAAGGAACACGUUGUUUUCUUGCGUAAUUAAAACGUGCGUUUUGUUCAACAUCAAACAUUUGUCCGAUCAACAAAAGAUACUAUUGAAGAAAUUGAGAGUACUUGUAUGCGGUAUUCACUGGGUUCCAUCAUUAACGAGUAUAUCAAUUGAUUUUUUAAAUUCUCGCGUGAAUAAAUCGAUUGGAACGAUAUCCAUUCGUCUUUCUUCUCUUAUUCUACUGAAAGUGUUACAAGAGACACAAAAAUUUCAAAGUGGAUCGCGAUUUCGAACUUUCUAUUGUUCACAUGAAAUCUGACGAGGAAAUGGGUAGGGAUAAAGCAUCUGGUGCUAUGCAGGCUAAUCAAACGCAUCAUUCGAAAAACAAAGGAGGAGAAAGUAGACGAAUGCUGGAUAUAACAAGAGACAAACCGAUAAAAGUGGCGGUGCGAGUCGUCGUGCCUGUGAGGGAUCAUCCUAAAUUCAACUUUGUUGGGAAACUUUUGGGUCCCAAAGGAAAUUCUCUGAAACGACUGCAGGAAGACACGAUGUGUAAAAUGGCAGUACUUGGAAGAGGAUCAAUGAAGGACAGACACAAGGAAGAAGAGUUACGAGCCAGUGGAGACCCCAAAUUCCAACAUCUCAGUGAAGAACUACACGUAGAAAUAAGUGCUUUCGCAACACCUGCAGAAGCACAUGCUAGAAUUGCCUAUGCAUUAGCAGAGGUUAGAAGAUUUUUGGUACCGGAUUACAAUGACGACAUAAGACAAGAGCAAAUGUGGGAAAUGCAGGUACUCUCUAAUCAAAAAAACAAUAAAAGUGACGAUUCAAAUGGAGGUGUCACACAAAAUGAGACAGGAGAAGAUAGAUUAAGCGAUGGAGAAACGGGAGAAGCCAAUAAUGCGUUUGGCGUUCAUUUGCAGAAUUCAAAAGACGACACUGAACAUCCAGCAAUGAGAGGUAUUCAAACAGGAAUUGCCCCUACAGCUAUCUCAACCGACAUAUUAGCUCCCAUAAAUGGUACAGCACAACAGUCACCAACAUCUGCUGAAGCAGGUGGUGCUUCCGUAUGUCCAGUAGCUGCUGCCGCUGCUUUGGGCACCCGCAAAAGGCCACUUUUGGCAGGAGGACCACGAACAUCAAUGACUCCUACUAAAAGAACAGUAAUGAGCCUCUUAGCUAGAGCACGAGCAGCACAAGCAAAACAGUUGCCUGGAGUUACUGGUACUACUGCAUUUGCAAGAGGAGUUUCUGUAUUUGACGAACGUGCACCAACCCUUGUUCCACUUCUAAGGGAGGAUUACAUGAGCGCAGUUAAUCUGAACCUAAUUUAAGAUCAACUUUCUCUUUGUACUGCUAAUCCUUAGAACAUUCUGUAGCAUUGUAAUGCAGUGGCUCAAGUGGAUCAUGAUUAUGAACUGGGUUUAUUUUCGUGUUAACUACAAGUAAAAUUAGAAAUAAUAUGUCCAAUUCAUGUUUUCUCUUAUUUAAUGAACAAGUUUUAGUAAUAAAUAUCGGAUAAAACAUUAAUGAAGAGGAUUGGUAGAGUAUUAUAUAAACUCCUGAAAUUACAAUAUUUUCGAUUUAAUCAUUAAGAAGUAUCACCUGAACCAGAAUAUGCUACAAAUGAUUUUUAAAUUUAUACACUAUUCGUUUUAGGACAGAAAAAAAGUAGAGGUAUUUACUGAUGUUGAAUUUAUUACUGAUAUGGAGAUAGUUUGUUUAUCUAUGUGUAAAAAAAAUAAUCAACAGCUAUCCAGAUAUAAACAGCGCAAAAGCGGCAAUAAAUAAAUGUAAUAAUUUCCGGAUUAUCAAUACAAUUAGUAAUUUGUGAUAGGCAUAAAAAUAAGUGAUUACUAUAAUUUUAUUCUCAAUGUACAAUAAUAUUAACAUUAUUAUUCAUUAAGUGGAUCCCGUUUACUCUAUUUAUUUGAUAUUAUUCUCAAACAUAUAGAAAUAUUGAAGUUGCAUACAAUUGCUGGCGUUUGAAAUAUCUCAAAUAAUGGAUCAUCCUCAAUCGUUAAAAAAUGGCUAUAUACGCAAAAUAUUAGGAAAUAAUAUGGCAUUCUCAUGAAUUUAACCAUAAUGCACUUUGAAAAUCAUGUUCAACCUUUUAAUAUAUUCACUUAUGUAGUUAUAUUACAAUAGCUUCAAAUUUAGUUGUAAGCUUUAAUGAACUGAGAUAAAUUCGUCCUUUAUAAUCCUAGUUCUUCUAGAAAUUCAUAGAAGCUCUCGUAAGUCAUUGUAUAAUUGAUAUCACACAUUAUUAAUGACUACAACAAUCAACCUCUCCAUGGUGAAAGUACGAAGCUAAUGCAAAAUUAAGUUCAACAUUCAAGAAAGUUUUUGCAAAUAAAUAUUUGAAUAUUCUUCUAUUUCAAAUUUAAUUGUAAUUUUAAAAUUUUAGAUAUUCAUAUUAAUAUUUUUUAAAACCUUAACCGCCAUGCCCAAUUUAUAAAAUAUCGUUAACAGGCUGAGUUCAUUAAUGACGUAUAAGUGCAAUUUCAAAGAUUUUUCAAAAUUCUAAGAAUUACCGAAAAUAUACGAAUAUAUUUUAUGACGGGUUAAUGAACAGCAGUGGUCCGGGUACGAUUCAAAUGCCAUCACUGGAGCGUUGGUCCCGUCGUGACUCAAGUCCACGAUAUAUUUAACAGAGCAACAUGUAGUAGAUAUAGAAGAAGAACAAAGCUAGAUCUAAAAAUGACUUUAGAUUAUAAUAAAGGUAAAGUAGUUGAUAAUAUUCCUGAUAAUACAGGUGCCUACGGCAAACUUUUACGUAAAUGAUUAAAGCGGUACUAGCUUUUGAAGUACUACUUACAACUGCAAUAGAAAUGGGAGGAAGGCAGAUCAGAAUCAAACAAAAAAAUUUACGUUUUGUGUUGGGUAUGUAGGAGAACCACCAAUGUGUCUGGACUGUUUCAGCUUAAAAUACACUUAGUUUUCGGCUUUAUUUAUAUUCACAAAAUAAAAAAAUAAACAUACAUUUUAUUUUGUCCCAGGAACUACAUAUUUAUGUGAAAAUAAAUUUUGCAGCCCAAAAAAAAUUGGUAAUUCUUCUGGACCAUGAUACACAUGAUAACCAUGGUUCAACGGUCCACACAAGGUCCAUUUUCAAAAGGCAACAUCAUGGCGCUUAAUGUGUUGAAUGGGGUUGGAGAUUCAAUUUCUAAUACUUCAAUACAAUUAUCUACAACUAAUCUAACUAAACUAUGUUCACCAGAAGAUAACAUUCCGGUCCAAUCACAUUAUCCAAUACUUCGAGUUCUAUUCCAAUUUCUAUUUUUUCAUUUGCUUCUUUAUUUGCAACUAUUUGAGCCUUGAUUUUUUCUUAUUAUUAUUUCUUCACUCAAUCUUGAUAUUGAAAUUUCCAAUCAAUGAAUCAUUUUAUCCUACUUCUAUGUAGUAUAUUUGUCUCCCCAAAUUUUUUUUCUAAUGUUCGUUAGUGUAUUAUUUGCUUCUCUUAUUACUUACCACAUUCGAAUUAUUUUUUAUUGAUCAGUUAAGGUCACAACUUAUUACAGGGACCACACUAUGGUGAGUUUACAAAUAAAAACGUGUAGUUCGGUGAGCAAUUAUGAAAUCUUUUGCUUUUAUUGUGGUUUAUCCUUCAAUAUAGCUUCCAAGAAGUCUGGUCAGAAUAUAAUAUAUCAAAAAAAUACAUCCCAAAGUAACAUUAAGCAGUGUUAAUUUGAGGAAAUUACUAGGGAUCAGUCAGAAAGUACCUUUGAAAUACAUUUUUCACCAGGAUCUUUUAUUAUAGCAAAAAUAAGAAAAAAACACACUUGAUGCUUUUCCGCUCUCCUAUAACAUACUACCACUGAACAUAACGAAAGCAUUUUUCUUCAAUGAUGAAUGUUAAAACCAGUUUUUUCGUAAAGAUAUAAAUAUAUUUAUUUGCCCCUGACGCAAUAUGGCUAAUAACUUCAUACCAAAAUAAUCAAUUAUCACAACCUCUACCUACAAACUUCUCCCAUUGCUAUAACUGGUGAGUGUGAAAAAAAAUGGCUUAGAGGCAAAUCCAUCAAAAUUUUUCAAUUUUAAUAUCAUUGAUGUAAUUUACCAAUAGAUUUAAAGUAUGACGGUUACCCAUGCAUAAAAGGUGAUUGAGGUUUAAAGGGAGCGAGUAUUUUUUUUCACAAACGACUGUAAUAGAUUGUUUGUCCAGUGAAUGUCAUUACUACAUUCAUAUAAAUGUGAUUAAGAUAAAAAUAAAGAAUAAAGAAUUAUUGUCCAAGGUACAGGCUGUUGAUUGUAUGAUACCCAGCUUGGCAGAUGGACUUUCAUGACUAGUCUUCAUUUUAAAUAUACUUGGAGGAUAAAAUUGCAGACUUGAUUAAAAAUAUAGUUUAAAAGUGAGAGUAAGGUACAUUAAAAUUGAAAAUAUGUUUAUCUCAGUUUUUCCUGCAUUUUAUCUUUUAUUGAAUUAAUCACUUCUUUUCCAAUUUAUACGCUAGAAAAAACUCUUUUUAGUACUGAAUCUUUCGCGAAUAGAUCGGCUUUUUCGUUACUGUAUAUUCCAAUAUGUCCCUUUGUUGAAGAAUCCGAUCCUGUAGUUAUUUAGAGUUGGCGACUCUGCUUGUGUCGUUCUGUACUCUCAUCUUGACCGAUAUUUUACCUCACGUGUUGCGAUUUGCUUGUAUUUUUAACCCAUUUUCUUUAGUUAUUAAAACUCGGUAACACCAUAAAUAGUGUUGGUCUGAGUUUGUUUAGAUUAGAAGCUGAUAAUCAGAUCACCUUUAAUCCAAAUAAAUGCCAUACUCAAAUUUAAUAUUACAGUUUUUAUGGCACUUGAAAGAGGACAUUACAUUCUAUUGAGAUAAGUCUCUUUUAUAGCACACAAUGCUGAUCUAUAGAGUCCGAUGAUCUGUACAGUCCGACAUACUCACACUCUUAUCUUGUUUGACUUCAACUAUUAAUGGUCCAAUAAGAUUGCUGUAACAAUCUGAUAAUUGUCACUGUCAAAUGAAUCAACUACUCUUCUAUUUAAUAAUGUAUGUAUCUAUACUGUGAUUGAUUAUUUCAAUUCUAAUAAUAAUUCUACGUGAUAUUCCAAAUUCAAUUCAGCAAAGCAUAAUAUUGAAAAUUUUUAUAUAUCGCAGCCGAUUCAAUGUCUAUCGUAACUAGUAUAACUAAGUAUGGCAGCUGUAAAAAAAGUUUAGAGCUAAAACAUAUUUAAACAGAAUAGAAAUGAUCUAUUAGAAAUUGAGAAAUUAGACGUUUUAAACUUCAUUAACUCUGACCAGUGGCGUUAACAUAACGUCUCUAAUAUCAAAUGAGGAUAACAGUUUCUAAACCUGAAAAUCCAAUUCACAGCUUCUUAACAAACUUUGGAAUUACAAUUAAUGCGUUGUAUUGUAACUUUAUUCAAAUAGUUACUUUAAAAUUACACUGAACUCACUGUUCACACUACCACUAUACCAACAAUUACACUGUCUAACACGUUAUCUUCUUUGGAGACUGAGGGUAAACUCUUUAGAGUAGUGUAGUGUUGUGUAAACAGUGUAUUCGCUACGAAUAUCACCAAUGUUUCUAGAAAUUCAAAUUUAGAAGUCUGAAAUUGUCAAAAAAUUUAUUCACCAAUAGAUUAUUAAAUGUAUUUCAAAAUAUUAAACUGUUCAAUGUGAAAAUAAUAUUUUUUCCCGAGAGCAUUGAAGCAAAUUAGAAAAAUUUCAGUCUAUCUUUGAUCUUAGAACUUUGAAACAAAAAAUGAGAGAAGAAUUUCGCUUAAUAUUUUGCAUCAAUUUUCCAAUUAUUAUUAAUGAAUAAAGAUAUUUUCUUCUUCUUUCCGUAAACUGCUUCAAAAUUGACAAUUCGGGAGGCAUGAGAAUGCACAUUAAUUUCAAAAGUUUCAAACGCAUUUGAAUAAUUUCUACGUAUACGAGUGUUGCUAUUCAAGUUUUGAGAUAGACAAAUAAAAACAAAUAUUUAUGAUUGGAUAUGGCUAAAUUAUUUUUCAAAAUACACUUUUGCAUGCGUUUAAAUCAAUUGUCAAAGUAUUUUUUGUGACUUGAACGCAUCAUCCGCUUCUUCGUGUAAAUAAAAACGUUGACCUAGCAUUUUAUUUUUGAUCUGUGGGAAUAAGAAGAAAUCAUUGAGAACCAAACAGGGACUGUACGGCCGAUGAACUAUAAAUACGAUUAUUUGACUGUUCAAAAGCGUUGUUGUUUGAAAUGAUGUGUGAGAGCACGCAUUGUCGUGGUGGAGAAUGAUUCGUCUUCUGAAAUUGUUUUCCCGGAUUUUUUCUAGCACUGCUGGCAAACAACUGCUGGGGAAUUAUCCAGAAUUGACCGUUCUACGUUACUUUAAUGGAAGGGUAGCGACAUGCCCAGUUAUUUCGAAAAAAGACGACCAUUUGCUUCGAAGUGCUUCGAGCACGAACAACUUUUGUUGGAUUUGGCUCUUCUUGAAAAAUGAUUGUGACUCGUCAUCUGUCACGAUUUUUGAGCACCGCGAUUGUAUUUUUUCAGUAUUUUUUUGCACUAAUCGAUACGAGCUUUUUUUAAGUUAUGCGGUAUGCAAAGAGAGCAAAUCCUGUUUACAACCGAGUGUUCAAGCAACAUUGAAUAUAUGCGAGUUUAAGUAAUCUCCAAGUAUCAUUAAUCUCACGCUAUGUCACAUAAUGAUCUUGCGAUAUCGAUAUUUUCCGGCACAACAGCCGAUUUUGGACGACUUUCAUAAAAUUCAUCCUAUAGAGAAGUGCGACCACGAUUGAAUUCGGAAAGCCAGCGAAACUAUGUGGCUCGAGAUGGUGCUUCAUCACCAAAAGUCGAAGCGAGUUAAUCCAUGUCGAAAGUAAUAGAAAAUCAUCGCAUACGAUUUAGUUCCAUUUUUUGACCAAGAUGAAUGUUUCAAGUAUCUGUAAACAACUCAAAUAGCACACGUAUUACAACACCUUUGAGUACGUUCACCAUUAAAAAUGUUUUAUAAUGGCAAUGGCAAAGAUUUAACAUAUUCACAUCAGUGUUGCCAUAUCUUGAAACUUGAGUAAUAACCAUCGUAUGAUAUCAAGAUUGAAGUCCCAUAGUUUGUUAACAAUUUUGAGAAGUAAUGUCCUUCAACUAAUGAAUAAUAAUUCCAAAUAUAUGUUCUUUUAGUUUCACUUGCAGUUGAUAUGUUAUGUUGCUGGAUAGAUAGUCUUGUGAUACUAAGGGAGGAGAAAUUUAUCAACAUCCAUCAAAGAUAUAGACACUACUAAUAUAGUUCUCACAGUUCUAUAAACAAAGGUAUAGGUAUAAUAAUAUGCAAUAGCACCCUGUAAAAUAUAAUUAAGAAUUGUCACUACAUCAAUUAAUGCACGGACCAAAAACAACUUAAGAUAUUUAAAAUAUAUGAAAAGUUCAAAAACUUAAAAAUUUAUAUUGUAUAUUAAACUUAUUCAAAGUUAAUUUAUUUUGAAUUUUAUAUCACAACGAAAAGUAUUUAAAUUAUGUUAAUCCACAUAAAUUUUAGAACCUGAAAAUUUAUAUAUAGAUAUCCAUUAUACUUCAGAAAAAUUCGGAAAUAUUUCAGAUUAAGUAACCUGUCGCAUUUUAACUAGGGUUGUUAAGCUUUAGAAAAUACUUAAUCGUAAAAAAGAAUAAUAGUAGCCAGAAACUCAUUGGAAAUAGUGGAAAAUAUAAUAUAAAUAGGCGAUCUUAAGUCGGAAAGUGGAAGGGGGUGAGUUUUUACGGAUAAAAGAAGGUUUUUCUUGGUUUCGGGCCAAACUAGAAGUCCUAUAGAAGAUGGUUGGAUGGCAAAGUUGCAGGAAAUAGAAAGAUCUGAAGCUUUUGUAUUCUUACUUCAAUCAAAUUACAUCAAAAUCAGUGUAAAACCUUCAAAUACGAAAUACUUGAUUUUCCAGUUUUAACUUUUACAAAACAAAAUUUUUCAAAGAAAUUUGAUAUGAAUACACACAAAUACAUUUUUAUGUCUAAAUCAUACUGUAAUAUUUUUGGUUUCAAAGCUUUGUAUUUUCACCUCAUUUUGACUUAAUGUAGAAGAAGCACCAUAAUUUUCUUUUAUCAAUAUAUCUGCUUUUUCAAUAAUAUCGAUGACGCGAAUACGAAUUUUUUUUAACAUUGUGAACAAUUUUGAUAUAUUCUCGGAACAGAUUCCUUGAGUGAAAAAAAUUGCAAAUUUUCAAAAAACAGAUUAAUUUUAGAAAUAUUGUACAAAAUUUUUUGGUACAGCUAUGAAACUAAAUGUGAGAACAAAUUCAUUGGUAUGAUUUACAUUUACAUAUUAUGAUAUUAUCUAUGACGUGAAUGUAAUACGAAGAUUGUAGCAAUAUUGUUUUCUAUAUAAAAUCCCAUUUAAAUACUAUAUUCAAUAUUGAGAACAAUUAUUUUUGCAUAUUUUUACAAUCUUCAUGUUUUAGAGACAUGAUUUUUCUUGUUCUUCAUGGAAUCUUUUUCUGUUUUUUCCAGUUUUUAAGUAGUAAUGUGUAUAUUUUUCACACCGUCAGAAAUACUUCAACGACCAAAUAGCUUAUCGGCUAUUUUGAAAAAGCAGAUAUUUUGAUGACACAGUUUUCAAUUUAAAAUUAGGGUGCAUUUUCGAAAUCAAAACAAGGUCAAAGAAUAAAAAAUAAAAAAUUUAUAACAAAAAAACCACAGUGUGCUAUGAAUAAGUGAGUUUUCCCAAAUUUCGUGAAAAAAAAUUUUUGUAAGAGAUUAAACAUCAAAAACUCAAUUAUUUAGAUUUUCAAUAUACAUUUUGAGGUUAUGUAAAAACAGUGUAAAAGGAUAUUAGAGAGAAAAUUAUGUUACAGACAAAAAACAAGGAAUAAGAAUAUAAAAAGGAGAAUGCGUUGCUAACAACAAGGGACUAAGAAUUGAAAAAAAAAACUAAAAGAAAUCUCAACUCCUAUUAUUGCAAAGUUCACUUGGAUAGAUUUUGAGGAUUUGAGUUCUGAGUCAGCCUUUCAUUUCCACAAAAAAAGGUAUCUUAAGAAUGGAUGAACAUUGGUAUAUGAAACCUGAUUCAUGACGAUGAAUUCAAAAUAUCUUUCAAUCAAUCAAAUAUAGCACAUUAUAUUCAUCUUUGAUAUAUUCAUCAACUGAAUACAUAGCUGUAAAUAAUUUGAAUGAGUACGGACCUCGGGCUAACUCCGAUCAACGGUCCUCCAUAUUGAAUGGUAAAUGUACUGAAGCACCCACUUGAAAUAUCUAUUUCCAAAUUCUACAAAUAAAGAUAUUAUACUAAUAUUUAUAUACUGAAGAACAGAAUAUCCAAACUUAACUGCCCAAACUCAGAAAACUAAGGCAACUUUUUGCCUUUAAAACUUUAAAACUCAGUCAGAAACCGAUUUCCUUCAAA